UUAUCCUGGCUUAAUCUUAUUUACCACUUUCACUUGAUCAACAUCUACUUUUUUGAUCAUCUCCAUCAACAUUUCACAUUAAAACGUCUUCCCACUUUUAAAAUGACCAGGUCAUCCUAACAUCUCAUCUUCAUAAAUUGUGUCAAUCUUUCGUUGACUCAAAAUUGAGAACAGAUAUAAAUGUUUAAAAAAAAUCAAAAUCACUUUCACUUUGGUUUUGUUUAUUUCCGUGAUCAUUUAAUUUCCAAUUGGAUCAACAGUAAACAACAAAAAAUUGUAUUUAUUUGUGCCAAUGGAUCUAACAAUGUUUAAGCUUUUCAUAAUUUUUGCAAGUUUGGCCCUGGCUACUUGUGAAAUUAGUCAACAAAAGAUUACUGGAGAUGAAAGUGCAUCCAGUUCAGAUAGCCAAUCCACAGAAUCUUCAUUAAAAUCAAGUGAAUCUACAACUUCAUCACCUUCACCUUAUGCAUUUUCAUAUAAUACAGCUGAUGUUGCUGGUAACCAAUUAGCUCGACAAGAGUCUGGUGAUAACAAAGGAGCUGUAAGAGGUUCAUACAGUUAUCGAGAUGCUGAUGGUUUGUUCCGUACUGUUGAAUAUAUUGCUGAUGAAAACGGAUUCCGAGCUGCAAUAAGAUCAAAUGAACCUGGACUUGGUGAUUCAAAUAAAGAACUUCCAGCAAGCAUUUAUCUUCAAACUGAAGCUACUCCAGCAAGAGUCGCCUCUAAAGUGGCUUCGGCUUCUUCUGCGGCUAAACUACGAGCAGCUCAAAACACUUUCGCUACAGCUGCACCAACUCGACCCACAGUUCCAUCAACAACAAGUACAAGUUCAACCACAACACCUCAAUCAGUCGUUUUGGCUUCUCUUGCUCCAUCAAAAACUCGAGUUUCUCCAAUAAAAAAUUCUUUGUCUCGGGUUGCUCCUGUUGCUGCUGCCAGAGCUUCAGUUCGACAACAAAGAUUGCGUCCUCAAGCUAUUUUAAGAUUAGUCAGCUCACAAGUUCUUUCAUUACCCUCAACAACACCAACCACAACUACGACUACAACUACAACUGAAGCACCAACUACAAUUGCUGAGCAAAUAUUAUCAAAUCCUGGUCCAGUUCAAUCACAAGAGACUCUUACAGGUACUGAAGAGCCAGAACAAGAUUCAGAAAGUCCCAUUUCGGAGAGUCCAAUCGAGGAAAAUCAAAAUCAAGAAAGUCCAGCCCAAGAACAGCGAAGUCAAGAGAGUCCAGUUCAAGAAAAUCCAGCUCAAGAGCAGCGAACUCAAGAAAGUCCAGUGAAAGGAAGUCAAGUGCGUGAAAUUCCAGUUCAACAAAAUCAAAAUCAAGAAAGUCUAGUUCAAGAACAUCGAAGUCAAGAGAGUCCAGUUCAAGAAAGUCCAGAUCAAGCAAGUCCAGUGCAAGAAAUCCCAAUUCAAGAAAGCCCGAUUCAGGAAAGUCCAGUUUCAGGAAGUCCAAUCCAAGAGAGUCCAAUUUCAAUUCCUGAAUCUAUUUUCCCACAAACUUCCUAUGUUUCAACCGAGCAACCAUUGUUGGUCCGUUUUCUUGAUGAAGAUUUGACUUAUGAUUCAUUAAACUUCCAGCAAGCUCAAGCUCAACCUAGAACAAUUGCUAUUCGCACCGCUGAUAAUCCAUUGAGUCGAUUGUUUCGAAUUGUUCCGAUUCCACAUAACGAAGGAUUAAGGCUUCAACAGGCUGGUGCUAACAUGGUUUAUUUGACCAGUGCUCAAUCUUCUUAUCUUUUAAUAAUUUUUGCGAGCUUGGCCCUGGCUUCUUGUGAAAUUAGUCAACAAAAGAUUACUGGAGAUGAAAGUGCAUCCAGUUCAGAUAGCCAAUCCACCGAGUCUUCAUUAAAAUCAAGUGAAUCUACAACUUCAUCACCUUCACCUUAUGCAUUUUCAUAUAAUACAGCUGAUGCUGCUGGUAACCAAUUAGCUCGACAAGAGUCUGGUGAUAACAAAGGAGCUGUUAGAGGUUCAUACAGUUAUCGAGAUGCUGAUGGAUUGUUCCGUACUGUUGAAUAUAUUGCUGAUGAAAAUGGAUUCCGAGCUGCUAUAAGAUCAAAUGAACCUGGACUUGGUGAUUCAAAUAAAGAAUUUCCAGCAGGCAUUUAUCUGCAAACUGAAGCUACUCCAGCAAGAGGUGCUUUUAAAGGCGAACGGCAGUUCCAUCAAAAACCAGUACAAGUGCAACACCAUCACCUUAAUCAAUCGUUUUAAUUUCUCUUGCUCCAUCAAAAGUUCGAGUUUCUCCAGUAAAAAAUUCUUUGUCUCGGGUUGCUCCUGUUGCUGCUGCCAGAGCUUCAGUUCGACAGCAAAGAUUGCGUUCUCAAGCUAUUUUAAGAUUAGUCAGUUCACAAGUUCUUUCAUUACCCUCAACAACACCAACCACAACUACGACUACAACUAAGACUGAAGCACCAACUACAAUUGCUGAGC